AUGGUGAGCGGGCAGGAGGGUCACGAGACGGGCGAGAAGGAGGUGCGGAGUCUCCGGGCGCAGGUCUCCAGUUCGGGGGUGACGGUGGAGGUGGACGCCCCCAAAUCGCAGGACCUGGGGAAGGCGAUGGCGGAGAUCCGGGCGGAGUACGACAGCCUGGCCCGGAAAAAUCUGGAAGAGCUGGAGAAGUACUGGGGGCAGCAGAUCACGGAGAGCACGGUGGAGCUGACGCAGAGCAGCCGGGACGUGGAGGCGGCUCGCAGCACCGCGCUGGGUCUGCGCCGUUCCCUCCAGACCCUGGAGAUCGACCUGGAGUCCCUCCGAAACCAGAAAGCCGGCUUGGAAGCCAACUUGGCCGAAGUGGAAACCCGUUACGGGGGGCAACUGGAGCAAUUGAGGGGCCUGAUCCUGCGCACCCAGGAGGAACUGGGGGGGCUGCGGGAUGAACUGGGACGUCAAGCCGGGGAGCAGCAGGCCCUACGGCGGGUCACCGGUCAACUGGAGAGCGAAAUUCAGACCUACCGGCGGCUGCUGGAGGGGGGAGAGGAGUUCAGGUAG